UGCAACUCUGCUGUAGCGCGUCAGCGUCGCGUUGUAAUUUUUGUUGAGUUUUUAAACUAAUUUUAAUUUGCAGUUGCGUGUCUUACUAACUAAAGUACCAUGUGUUAAGUGUUCUCUAUCCGCGAGACCAGGCAAAUAUAAUCGAUAAUGAGCGCCUCCACAAUCGACAGUGUGCGGGUGCUGCUGCAGUCGCUGCCCGCUGCCGCCGCGAACAGCGGCGUUCUACCGGGCGAUCAGCAGACGCUGGUGAAGAUUGCACCGGCGGGAACUCCACUGCGUGCCAGGAAUCCUAGCCAGCUCCAGGUCAUCCCGGAGAAGGUGGAGGAAAAGCCGGCGUCGCCACCGGAGGAAUUUUGGAGGGAUCUGCAGCAGUUCCACGAACGACGAGGCACUCCCUUGACGCAGCCGGCCAGGAUUAGUGGCAAGCAGGUGGACCUGUAUAAGCUGUAUAAUGAGGUCACCGAACGUGGUGGCUUUAACAAGGUGAACAUGCGGGACGAGUGGGAUGAAGUAUACAGCGCUAUGGAGACGCUCCGAGAGCGUUGCGUGAACGGGACCGCUGGCAUCAAGCACAUAUACAGACGCUAUCUGGACAAGUACGAGCGUCUCAACUUCUUUGGCGAGGAUCCAGACAAGAUGGAAGCAUUAGAGGCAGCCAUCGAGAAUGCGGAAAUGGGUGGAGGACGAUCGCGGUCGCGCUUCUUGGCUGGUGCCGGCGGUGGGCUGGGCAGUAUCUUUGGCUCGGCACAUUCAACGCUGCCUGCCGUGCCAAUGGCCUAUAACCAACGCCAGCACUCUGUGAAUGUGGAGCGAAGGCGUCAGUACAGAAUGUCUACGCAACUUCACCGCCACAGCAGCUAUGAAAAGCUUCUUCUGUCGCUACUGUCACCGCUGCCCAACGAGCAGGACUUCGCCAUUAAUGUGUGCACCCUGAUGGCCAACGAGGUGCGGCACACUCUGCAGUUGUCCGAGUGUCCCAAACUGCUGGAUGUCCUGCUGGCUCAUCUAGGCGUCUAUGCAGACUUUACCAUACGAAAACUGUUCCAGCACAGCUAUGCCGAGGUACGCCACCAUUCGCAGCUCAGCUUCUGGCGCGACUUGCUUCACGACAGGCCGCAGAUCCUUGAACUGUACACGGAUGAGCAGGCCUGGUUGGACAACGGAUUGAUAAGCAAGGAGGAUAGUGAGAUUUCUGCUGCUCGCAGUGAACUGCUGGCGGCCUGCGAUGAGUUGGACUUUCUAAACCUGCGGCGCAGCAACGGCACAGAUGAGCGUAUGGGACAGCGCGUGCUCCAGAUUGUCCAGCUCGUUCGCGCUCUCAGUUUCCACCAGGAAAACCACGUGAUCCUGGCCUCCAACCGCACAUUGUGGCGGUAUUUAGUUAUGGGCGCUAACGUGCGAUGGAACAACAUCCACAUCCAGGCGCUGGAGACGGCGGGAAACCUGGCUCAUCAGUUUGAGCUGCUCGAUCCGGCAACUGACGAGCUGUCGCGGAAUCUGCUGGCCACCCUCUGCGAGGGAGUGGACUCCAACGACCGGGCGGUUAUCAUCAGUUGUCUGGAGAUACUCUACAAGCUUUGUGGUCGGGAGGGAAAUUCGCAACACAUCAACCGUUGCCUUGGCUUGGACUUUUACCAACGUGCCAUGCUGCUGCUCUCGCUCACGGACGUCAUGCUGCUGAUCUUCACCCUAGAGGCAGUAUACGCUCUGAGUUCGCUAGGCGCUCGUCCCUGUUCGAUGCUCAUGCAAGUGCGGGGUCUUAUGGACCAGUUGGUGGCCCUGAUCACAGUGGAGGCACAGACGUAUGGCGCUGACGGUUGCAUUCUUAUGCGGGUGGUGGAGGUUGUGCCGGGCAAUAUGAUCGCCUCGCUGACUCAGAACAUGCCCACCAUGCCAGCUCCCGCAGCGGCCGCGUCGAUCACAACGCUUCCGACAUCCCUUCAGGUUGCUGUCAAGCCGCCAUCCGUUUUGCCCACGCCCACUCCCGCCCAGACCCAGGUGCUCCUACCCCAGGGUGAGCAGCAAUCUGUGGUAACAGUCCCGGUUACCGGACUGCCGGUGCCGAGUCUACCAACUGUCCAUCUGCCAAUGCCCAGCCUACCGCAGGUGCAAUUGCCACCAAUCGCUGCCACCGUGACUCUCCCAACUUUGCCGCCCGCCUCUCAGAGCUUCACCCACGAGGAUGAACAGUAUGCACUGGCCUGGCUGGGAGCUACUUACGAGCGGGCUGGCGUCGGCAAUGAUCUGCGCGUGGAGCAGGCGGAGCUGUACAGAAUCUACUUGUCUCAUUGUCAGAAGGCUGGCAAGCUUUCAGUGGUCAAUCACAUGCAGUUCCCUCGUUUGGUUCGGCUCAUAUUCAACCAAUCUGUCGGACCGGUCAUUGUUCGGCAAAUGGAUGGGACGGAGCUGCCAGGAACGUACUAUGUAGGCAUUCGAAUGCGAGCCCAACCGCUGGCUAUGCAACAAAGACCCGCUGCUAGUAUUGUUUCUGUAAAGAAGGAAACUCCCAUUCUGCCCAAGCCACCGGCGAGUGAUCCUGUUCCAUCGGAAAUGGUGACUGAGGAAACGGCUUCGUCGACCGGCACACCGCCUCCAAGCUCCUCGCUGAUCAAAAGCCUACUGGCCAACAAGGUCACAGAGCGCCAACAGAAGCAGAAGGCUCAGGCCCUGACACCGCAGCCUCCAGCCCUGGUGGCAACCACUGCUUCGUCCACGAAUGCCACCCAACCCAUCAAGGUAACCUCGACAGCCAUCAGCGCCUUUGUGAACAAUCCGCUCAUGCAGCACACACCGGUGAAGGUGGGCCAGACCACCAUUAAGCCGCUCCACCCCCAGAUGGCCAUCGAAAAGAAGUCAAUUACGGACUCGGCUCCACCGCCUCUCGCCCCGCUGAGUGGGGCAAAUGUGGUUACCAAGGACGCCAGUGGGCGCACACUCAUCAUCGCAUCGGCUGCUGCCAAACGCAAAUUGACCAUCGACGAAGAACAGAGCAAGCGUCUGGCAUUGGAUGCCGCCGCUAGCAGUUCAAGCUCAAACGCUUCUUCUGCCGGCAAGGAAGAGGCGCAGGUGACUCCCUCAAAGAACGCAGCCAAUCUUUAUGCUGAUCUGGCGGCAUCGAUCUUGGAGGAUGAGGACUUGGACGACGUGCCACCGCUGGCCAAGUCAAGUCAAGAGCAACCCCAACUGCAGUCCCAGCCACAACAACAACAGCAACAGCAGCAGCAGCUCCAACUCAUUCCGGCCAAAGUACAGCCGGCCCAGCGUCAGUUGGUCUUUCCCGCCAGUAGUGUGGUUUCUUCAGCCCCGCCGUCGCAACUCAAACUGGCCACGACGGCCACCAUAAAGACGGAUCAGGGAUUGCAGACGGUGCCGGUGAUUUUGCAGCCUAAGACUGCGAUGGAUACGACUCCUGCGCCGCAGACGCAGUACGUGCUGGCCACCAACCAGCAAGGUCAAACGUACUUGGUAGCCCAGCAAACGCAGCCGGCGAACCCACCGUCCACCCAAUCGGCGCCACCCACCCUGCUGGUCACGCAAACGCCGCAACAACAGACCAAGACCAUAAUCAUUCUGCAGCAGCCGGGAGGCGUCUCCGCCGCCAGUGUGGCGGGCACGCAGAAAAUGAUCAUGACAACGGCGCAGGGCCAGCAAGUUUUAGUCACCACGACUACAGCGCCGCAACUGGCCCAGCCCCGUGCUUCAACACCCCAGCAACAGAUAUUUAUCGCUCCUCAGCGACCGGUUCCGGCUUUGGGGGCUGGGCAAAUGUCCCCAUCAUUGCUGUCGCAACUGAACCAGAUCCCGGCAACCAUUAAGCUGCACCAGCCACAACCGCAGCCUCAGCUUGUUUCGCCCCAAUUGGCACCCCAGCAGCGCCUGGUGGCCACCAAGGCGGGCGCUGCUCUCCCUAUUCCUCAGCUCCAGCAGCACCAGUCCAUCAUCCAGCAGCACAUCAUCUCCGGGCCCUCCACUCCGACCCCCGCUGCAGUUGGGCCGGGUGCAGGCGAAAAGAGACAGGUGCUCCUCGGUGGAAUAAAGGACACAACGCUCAUCACCCAGACCCCGGCCACGGCAGCCCCUCUGCAGCAGAGCCAGCUCAACUCGCAGACCAUCAUCACCACACAGCCGCCCACCAGCACGGCAACCGUUGGGGGCGUGGCUCUUCAGCAGCAACAGCACAUCCGAACCGUGUUGGAGCAGCAGCAGCAGCAUCAUCCAUCUAUCAUACAGCAGAAGAUCACCAUGCCGGCAGUUUCAGAAGCGAACAAGCCAAAAGUAGCGACCGUUGCACCUCCGGGAAGCCCUGCGAACACCGCACUCCUCGGCAAGAAGCCUUUGCAGCCGCAGCCUGUCCAAGUGCCAGGUCUAAAGCCAUCGGUCACCCAAACAGUAGUGGCGACGCCGACAACAACCUGCGAGCCAGCGGUUGUGGCAGCAACCAUCGAAGCAAAGCCAGCGGAGCCCCAGGUGGUGGCUCAGCCAUCCGUCGCCCCAGCUGUGGUCACCACCGCUCCGAGCAGCAGUAGCCUGGUGGUCAGCCAAAGCGUCUAUGCCGCACCUGCUCCAAAUGGCAGUUCUGCACCCUCCGCUGUGCCCGUCGACGCGAACUGGUUGUACAUCUGCGAUUGGCGCAACUGUCCCCGCAGAAAGUUUAAAUCCCUCAACGAGCUUAAGUACCACGUGUGCAAUGUACACUGUCCGGACCACCUGGAUUCAGACGCCGACAUUUACUGUCAGUGGGGAAGUGGACCCACGUUUUGCGACAACAGGGCGCGCAAGCGCUACUCGCUGAUGACGCAUCUAAUCGACCGUCAUCUGACCAUGGAGAACUUGCGCGCCAGUGUGCAACGUCGCUUGGCAACGGGCAUUCAUAAUGUAGCGCCCACGCAGCCUCCGGUGACCAUAGUUCGCAACGAGGGACACGCCCAACGACUGGCGGGAAGCGGUCCUGGUCCAACGGCGGUUCCGGCUGUAGGGACUCCUGUUGUGGGCAGCGCUGCAAUGCAAGCUAUGAACCGGCACACGACAGAUUAUACGAACUCUAAGGAGCUGUUGGAUGAAAACGAGGGCCCCGUGACUAAAAGCAUUCGACUGACGGCGGCGCUGAUUAUACGCAACCUGGUUACCUACUCGUCCACGGCCAAGAGGACGCUGAAGCGGUACGAACCCCACCUGGCCAAUGUGGCCUUAAGCAAUGUGGAGGCCAGCGGAGUGCUCUCACACAUAAUGUACGAGCUGAGCCAGUAGCUGAAUCAGACGAUGCCGCCGACCACAAAAAAAUUAUUAUUAAACAGACCUGUAAUAACGACACUAUAAAAUGUGAAAAACAACCCA